UGUGUGUGUGUGAAAGAGUGGAAAAUAAAGUGAAAAGGCAAAAACUGCUGCAGACUGCAAGUGUUCCCUUCCUUCUGUGAAGCAAUCAAAGAUCAUUUAAUAUAUUUACAUUUACAUUUACAGCAUUUGGCAGAUGCUCUUAUCCAGAGCAACGUACAUAAGUGCUUAAAUCUACCAUGAGUUUAAAACAAUAUUCAAAGUUACAAUGAAAAAGUGUCAAAGGUUUUAUGUAUACAUUAAAUGCAAAAGAUAGGGAAAAAAGUGCUAGUUGAAGUGUUUCCUGAAUAAGUAGGGUUUCAACUGCCGUUUGAAAAUAGCUGGUGACUCAGCUCUCCGGACCUUUAGGGGAAGUUCAUUCCACCACCUUGGUGCCAGAACAGAGAAGAGUCUUGCAAUAUACUCUUACUGUGAGAGAUGGUGGAACCAGUCGAGCAGUGCUGGUAGAUUGGAGGGUGCGGGGUGCAGUGUGAGGAAUGAUGAGGGCUUUGAGAGAACAUAAAAUGGAAAAAGGUGUGGAAUCUGAGCAAGGCAAUGAGGGAGCUUUCCAAGGAGAAAGAAGAAAGAUAAUCCAGCCGUCGUCUUUAAACGAUCCGAAACUAGUAAAGCUCAAAGAGGUGCUGGUAGAAUGGAUCAACAGUACUCUGAAGCCAGAACACAUUGUGAUCCAGAAUCUGGAGGAAGACAUCUAUGAUGGACUUGUGAUUCAUCACCUACUGGGCAGGUUAGGAGGAGUGCAUUUAGCGGCAGAGGAGAUCGCAUUAACCAGUACUGCCCAGAUGUCCAAACUGGAGAUGAUUCUUCAGGCCCUCAACAAGGAGCUAGGGAUUGGUGAUGAAGCUAAAUGGUGUGCCAAACUAAUCCACAGUCGAGACCUGCUGGCGACUCUGCAUCUGUUAGUGGCCAUCGUGAAGCGGUACCAGCCUGAACUGGCCCUUCCCCAAAAUGUCAGUGUGGAAGUCAUCAUAUUUGAGGUUAACAGAAGUGGCAUCAAAUCUGACAAGCAGAUAGAAUACAUCACUUUGCAAAGUGAGGAUACAGACGGAUCUAAAAACGAUCCCAUAGAUGAACUGCUCAAGCUUGACACACACAAAAUUGCCACAGUUGAAAAGGCGCUCUUACACUUUAUCAAUAAGAACAUGACGCCAUUAAGGUUGCAGGUGUCUGACAUCGAGAAACAGUUUGCAGAUGGUGUGAUUCUGCUUUUGCUGAUUGGUGAGUUGGAGGGUUUCUUCAUUCCACUCUACGAGUUCUACCUCUCUCCUUCCAGCCACUCAGAGAUGCUUCAUAAUGUCACUCUGGCUCUGGAUCUACUUAAUGACAAAGAAAUACAAGUACAGAAUGUUGACCCAGAAGAUAUUGUGUCCCAAGAUGUCCCAGCAACACUGAAAGUACUCUAUGCCUUGUUUAAGAAACACAAGGACAAAUAAUCCUCUACUAGCCACAUCUACAGCCUCUAAUGAAAAUGACAUGAAAGGUCAUGGGAUAAGCUUCUAAUCCACCUGGAGUGCAAUGUUGUGACUAAUAUACUUUAAGAAAUUGUGAAAGCAGUCAAGACACGGGCGUCUAGAUUUAAUAAAGGCAAGAGAACACUGGAUCACUCAGCACAUCAUACAGAUUGGAUGUGGAUGGUGACAGAAUGUGACCACAUCCAUUUCUCUCUAAUUGAAUAGUUGACCUUGAGCCUCUCACUUGUCCUUAUUGACAGAAUGCAUUAUAGCUUCUCUCUCUCUCUCUCUCUCUCUCUCUCUCUCUCUCUCUCUCUCUCUCUCUCUCUCUCUCUCUCUCUCUCUCUCUCUCUCUCUCUCUCUCUCUCUCUC